AUGGCUCGUACCAAGCAAACCGCUCGCAAGUCUACUGGUGGCAAAGCCCCUCGUAAGCAAUUGGCAGCCAAGUCUGCAGCCCGCAAGACUGCACAAGCAAGCGCUGGUGGUGUCAAAAAGCCCCAUCGUUUCCGCCCCGGUACCGUCGCUCUUCGUGAGAUCCGUCGGUACCAGAAAUCAACAGAGCUCCUCAUCCGCAAGCUCCCCUUCCAACGUCUUGUCCGUGAAAUCGCACAGGACUUCAAGACUGACCUGCGCUUCCAAUCAUCUGCCGCAUACCUCGUCUCAUUGUUCGAGGACACCAACUUGGCUGCUAUCCACGCUAAGCGUGUUACUAUUCAACCAAAAGAUCUUGCUCUUGCACGGCGGCUUCGUGGCGAGCGUUCGUAG